CCCCUCACACUCUGAAUCUUAAUUGUGUAACGUCCAUUGACGACUCGGCACAAUGCUGCUGCCGCCGCUGAGAGAGCGGAGGAGGCGCACCGAGCCGAGCACUGCGAUCAGAUGCUCCCAUCGAGGAGGACACAGAUGGACAGCCUCGUUCAGCCGCUCGUCGCCCAGUACCUCGCCAUGGGAUGUCAGUCGAAAGAGAACCACCAAAACGAAAGUGCGAGUCCGGACGAGAAGGGGAAGGACGAUGCUAGAGCGACUCCAAGAUGCAGCUCCAGGGCUAGAGUUUCUCCACCUGGACGUCCUCACAGGUUCCACAGACCCAGCCCGGCCCAGACGGCCCCGACCAAAUCCAUGAUGUCCCUGGGUCACCUCACCAAGGGGGCGAGCUGGGAGGGCAUCAUCCAGGCCUGCCUGCAGUCCUUUGAUUCAAACGGUUGCGUAUGCGGGAGCGGCCACUUGCUGAACAUCACCCUCACCAUGCACCGUCUCCUCAUCUCCUCCAGCGAUCUGCUGGACAAACUCAUUACUCUAUUCAAAACAGCGAUGGACAAUGAGCAGGCAACAGAGUGUCAGAGGAUAUGUUACCUCAUCAGACACUGGAUCCAGGAGUUCUGGAUGAUGUUCCGCUUGCACCACAGCUUGUCAGACAGCAUGAACCAGUUCCGGGAGCUGAUCAGGGAGCAGGGACAGGAGCAUCUCUGCUCUCUCCUAGAGACCAAAUGGAUAAAUGAACGAGAUUGGUCGUGGAAGGCCAGCCAGAAGAUUAAAGCCAACAGCAGUAAAAAGAGGAAGGUUUCUCUUCUUUUCGAUCACCUGGAGCCCAUCGAGUUGGCCGAGCACCUCACCUUCUUGGAGUUUAAGUCUUUUUGCAGGAUUUCAUUUGUAGACUAUCAGAAUUACAUUCGCAGCUGCUGCAUGAAGGACAUCCCCGCGAUGGAGCGUUCCAUUGCACUGUGUAAUGGUAUCUCCCAGUGGGUUCAGCUGAUGGUGCUGAGCCGACCGACCGCUCAGCUGAGAGCUGAGGUUUUCACCAAGUUUAUCCACGUUGCAAAGAGUCUACAUCUUAUGCACAACUACAACACAUUAAUGGCAGUGGUGGGGGGCCUUUGUCACAGCUCCAUCUCCAGACUGAAAGACACAACCUCACAUGUACCUAGUGAGGUCACUAAGGUGCUGAAUGAGAUGACUGACCUGCUGUCCUCAUGCAGAAACUAUGACAACUAUAGACAAGCUUACAGCAGGUGUACAGGUUUUAAAAUCCCAAUCUUGGGCGUCCACCUCAAAGACCUUAUUUCCGUCAAUGAGGCCAUGUCGGACUACGUAGAGGACAACAAGGUCAACGUCCAGAAGCUCCAGGCCAUCUACAGCCACAUCAACGAGCUGAUCCAGCUCCAGCAGAUCCCACCCAGGCUGGACGCCAACAAGGACCUUGUCCAUCUGUUGACGCUGUCCUUGGACCUUUAUUACACAGAGGAUGAGAUCUAUGAAUUGUCUUACACCAGGGAACCCAAGAACUGUAAAGCACCGCCAGCCACCCCCUCAAGACCUCCUGUGGUUGUGGAGUGGGCAUCAGGAGUGGCUCCCAAACCGGACCGCCGAACCAUCAGCAAACAUGUGCAGAGAAUGGUGGACUCUGUGUUUAAGAACUACGAUCACGACGAGAACGGUUUCAUUUCUCAAGAGGAAUUUGAGAAAAUUGCUGCUAGCUUUCCAUUUUCCUUCUGUGUCAUGGACAAAGAGAAGGAAGGCCUCAUCAGCAGAGAGGAGAUCACAGCCUACUUCAUGCGGGCCAGUGUCCUCUGCUCCAAACUGGGACUUGGGUUUGUCCACAAAUUCCAGGAGACCACUUACAUGAAGCCCACCUUCUGCGACAACUGCUCAGGAUUUUUGUGGGGUGUCAUCAAGCAAGGCUACAGAUGCAAAGACUGCGGAAUGAACUGCCACAAGCUGUGCAAGGACCAGGUGGCAUUUGAGUGCAAGAAGAACGCCAAAGUGUCCAAUGCCACAGACAGUCCUACACCGAGCUCAACGCCCGUCACCGCAGGCACCUAUGAGGGUUCAGAAGACUGUCCCUUCCCCUAUCCACCUGAUGACAGCAAAGACUGGAGCCCGGACUCCCCAGUCACCUCCACUCUGAGGCCCCGGAAGGUCCACAGUGGCACCCAGACAGAGCCGAUUUUCGCUGCAUCCCCCUCAGCCAGUCGCUCUCAGCCUGCACUGUUAGUCCCAGCAGCGCCCCCCCUCACCUCGUGUCCCAGCCCGGUACCCCAGAGGAAACACUGUGCCAAGUGGGAAAACAGAGCUUCUGUCAUGCAAAAGCCUAAAGAAUCAGAGGAGGAGAGCAAACCUACAUAUGAAUCUCUAGAUUCAGUGCGUAUCAAAACCAAAGUUUCCAUUUUUCUCUACACGGUUCUUGAAGGCACCUCAGCUGUGUCAAUACAAAUCUUCUGUGUCUUUCCCAGGACAACCAGAGGCUGCAGAAAGCCAACGAGACACUACGGAGGAAGCUGAAGGAGACCGAGCGGGAGGUGGAGAUCUUAAAGACGCUGCUGAAGAGACACGCUCUCCACCCUGUGGAGGAAGACUCCUCAUCCUAGUCGUGUACAUACAGUUUACUGAGCCUCCUCCAGGGAGACCGCUGCUGCCCCCUUAUGGGGGCAUGCAUUCAAUCUGGAUUCAAUAUUUAACUUGGUGGUCAUUAACAGUGCAAGUAAUUUAUCUGUGUAAAGAAACCUAGGCAACCAGGCAUCAGGUGGUAAACAGUGGGAAACAAUGCAAUUAAAAAUAUAUUCAAAUCAGUAUGUCACCAAUAAUGAGGUUAAGGAAUUUUUUAAGUGUGUAUGCUUAGUGCUGUGAAUACAGUUUACCAAUUUGAUACUAAAAUAAAACACACACCAAAGUUACUUUACAGUAUGAUGAUGCUAAAAGGUGUGUAAAAAGUGUUACAUUUACAGAAGUGAGCAGAAAGAGUCCCUUGUACAGUUUUACAGGAAAAUUGCAAUUUGUUGAGCCCACAGAGUAGUACCAGUUGGAAUUGAGUUUUCUGUGAAAAGUAUGUGAACAUUGAAUGAAGGAGUGUCGUAUUGGAGCGAAAAUAUAGCUAAAUGUGUUUGAUCAAUUCUUGAUCAAUUAAUGGCCUUAGACAUUUAUGUUAAACAUAAAAUGGAAAUCAGGGACCGCAGUGAACUGUAUGCAGCGAAAUAUCUAUCAAAAACAAGUUGUGCCAUGUAUGACAGAUGUGUUAUUAUUAUUAUUAUUAUUAUUAUUAUUAUUAUUAGAGAUGUUCCAAUACCAAUUCCUCCCACCCGAUACCAAAACCAAUACCUUGACUGCAUAUCGGCCAAUACGAGUACCAAUUUGGGACCGUCUUUGUCGAAUUGAUUAUGUCAUUCGAAUGUUUGUUUCCAAAGAUAUCUGCUGCUUUUCUUCCUUUUUCCCCAUUUGCGUUGGUGACCUCCUCGUGCUCUUUCUUAUGAUGGUUCCUUAUGAGAUUGCUAGAGUUGUAAUUGGGGACAACCCCUCGAAACUGAAGUCUUGCAUACGUACAUGUCGCCGUUUUACUUGUGGGACUUUACAGUGAGAAAUAUUGCCAAAUUGCUGCCAUUUUAGCUAGCUGGCUAGCUGGCUAACGCUACACUACCAGAAAUCACUCCUUUCACCUCAAUGUCAGUAAAGCAUAACCGCUGUUUUAAUGUGGUGAAGAAGAAGUGAUUUCCAGGAAAAGAAAAGUGCAGUUUUAUCUGCGUGAAACUAAUUUACUUACUUAAAAGUCGUGGUAACGGAUCUGUACAUAGAUUUGCGUACUCGCCGAUGCCCGACCUGGCAUUUUCGUCUGUAUCGGAGUAGUUUAUGAUGCUAUUAGAACAUCUAGUAAUAACAAACUAAUAAGAGCCCACUGAUGAUAGCAGCAGAAUGAAAUAUCAGCACAGUCAGAAUGGCCUCAACAGAACUGAAGUUAGCGCAGCGUUCAUAUUUAUUGUCUCAAACACUACACAAUGGUUCAAAGAGUGAGAUAAAUGAACAUUUUGUACAGUGUGCUGGUACUUUCAGUGAAUUGUUUAUGCUUGUGUGUGUGUUGGCAUCAUAUUGAUACUUUCUAUUUUUAAUCGUGCAGCCAUGUCAUUCAAUUACCGAGUGGUCCACUGUAGCAGUGUUGUGCUCUGAAUGGGAGUGGAGAUAGAUGUGUUUGUACUAUGUAUAAUGUUCUGUAUAUAUGCACAGUGUCGUCUUAGUUAUAGGUUCACCCCCCCCCAGUAUUGUUAUCUUAUUGUUAUAAUAAACUGUGUGCGUUCUAUAUGAAACCA